AUGGAAAAAUCAACACUUCUGCGUUUCAGUGAUUUUGUUAAAGACUUUGAUUAUGAUUACUUAUCGCCAGAAAAAGCAUGGGAGGAUCUAGAAAAUGCGUAUACUAGUUAUCUUGAUACAUUAGAACAGACAACCUCAGAAAAAACGCGUGAAUCUAUAUAUGAUCUUCGACAAAAUUGGACCUCAACAAAAAAACGUACUCAGAAUAACUUCUUCAAUUACUGUUUACAAAUGCGCGAAAAACAUGCUGAA